GACAUACCUACAGUUUAACGGUUUUCCUGUCAUUUCAGUUCACACACGCGACGCACAUAUAGAUGCACACGUAUGUUCUCGCAGAGCUUUUUUAUUUUCUCACUACGCCAGCCAGCCACACACACACACUGUACGAUAAAUAAUUAUAUACUAUCAUGGUAGGCUACUGUCCAAUCUGUGGGAAGCCUGUCUACUUUGGUGAGAAGAAGAGGUCCUUAGGGAGGGACUACCACCCUUUGUGUCUGAAGUGUCAAAAGUGCAACAGACAGCUCACACCUGGACAACAUGCUGAGUAUGACGAGAAGCCAUAUUGUUCACACUGCUACCUGAAGAUGUUCGGUCCCAGAGGUAACAGGUGACUGGUGUCACCAUGGCGCAGAGCAGAAACCAAACUGAGCAUGAAUGGACAAAAGCUGACAUGAAGAAGACGCACAGGCCCAAUUAAUAGGCCAACAAUAAGAUAAAAUAAAAUAAAGAGUAAAUAAGAAUUUUUAAAUUCAAUAUUUAUGAAUGUAA